UGUCUUGGCAAGGGAUAAUUUUAAAGUAAUAUUGUAAGACUAUUUUUCGAGUGUAGCGAAGUCUGCUAGCAUUCAUUAGGAGCAAUUCUUGAUUCUAAGGGAGAAAAUCUCAACCCUUGAUCAUUUCAUGCUGCAAGCCAAAACCUCUCUCUUUUCAAUUCAAUAUUUUAUACAUGUUGCAUCCCUUUGGUAUAAAAAAGUCUGCCUCAAAUCAUUCUCCCUCUCUCUCCCUCUCUCCAGCCAAGCAGCUGCUAGGGAGACACCUAAGAGGGUUUUCUUCAUUACUCUAGUACAAACCCUUCACUUUGUGUAUUAUUUGAGAUCUGGAUCCCUAGCUACCAUUUGUGAUCAUUUAUAUAAGUCAGUAAUCACUUCAAGAACCCAUAAGAUAGCACUGCCCACUCCUUUUUGUUGACAAAGCUCUUCGAGUCACAUCCUUCCAUCAUGGAUUUCAAUCAAGCUAAAUUCAACCACACAUGGAAUCUUGAUAUGUCCAUGGAAGAUCAAAUUCUUCAUCAUGACCAGCUUCCCUUUAACUCAAUUUGGCCUAGCUGCCCUCUGCAAACACAGCAAACACAAAUUCCAGCUUCAAGCCAAACACCAAUCUCAACCUUUCUUGGUGACCAAAUAUGCAACAAUACAGAGGAGGAGGAGGAUGAGCCGGAAGAAGAGCUGGGAGCUAUGAAAGAAAUGAUGUAUAGAAUUGCCGCGAUGCAGCCAGUAGAGAUAGAUCCGGCCACGAUUCGCAAGCCAAAAAGACGAAACGUUAGGAUUAGCGAUGACCCCCAGAGCGUGGCUGCGCGUCUUAGGCGAGAAAGGAUAAGUGAAAAGAUCAGAAUUCUACAAAGGCUUGUUCCUGGUGGAAGAAAAAUGGACACUGCUUCAAUGCUAGAAGAAGCUAUCCGUUACGUUAAGUUCUUGAAAAGGCAAAUUCGCCUGCUUCAACCUAACCAUCAUCAGCAGCACCAACCAUGCACUACCAAUGGAGACUGGCAAAUUCCAUACAGCAAUAAACCUCUUGAUUCUAUCACCACCACUCCAUCCCUCCUCGAACCCCGAGCCGGAGGCCUCGGAUACAUUCUUGGUGGGAAUACCGGGGGCAAUCCCUUGUGCUUUAAUCAUGAGGUAAUUAGUGAUUAGGGCUAAAGUGAACACUAGCUAGUGAUCAUUAGUGUGUUAACGAGCCAUAAUUAAUGAACUAGUGGUAAUUAAGAGGUGUGUGUGUAUACAUAUAUAAGCUAGCUAGCUAGGUAGCAUAUAUAUGAGGGAAAAAGGUUGUUAGGAUAUUGUUGACUCAAAGAUAUAUAUGGUCUGUGGAAUAAUCAUAACGGUUAGCUUGAGUUGCGUUGAACCAUAUAUCCUUCUAUAUAAUAUAUGAUAAAGAUCUUGGAGUUUGUAGGGUUGGCCGGAAAGUUUGUUUGGCCGACUCUCUUCCUGGAAUAAACAGUGACGUGUGUAUGUAUCAUAAUGUAUGCUUCUGAGUAUUUUUUUUUUCUG